AUGCGCGGCCUCACAUUUGCGUAUCCGCUUCAGCCCUCUGAGCCGGCUCUCCGGGGAGUGACCCUGGACAUUGAAGCAGGCGAGUGCACGGCGAUUGUCGGCCAGUCCGGCUGUGGCAAGUCCACCAUCGUCUCUCUGCUCCUCGGCCUGUACAACCCUUCGCCUAGGCGCCGCGGCACCGCUACAUUCAGGUUUGGCGAUUUGCCUUACUCCGAAUUCGAGAUGCAGAGCCUCCGCUCCUCCAUGUCGUACGUCCCGCAGUCGCCGUUCAUUUUCCCCCCCAGCAUCGCCGACAAUAUCGCCUACGGUCUCGCGGCGGAUGACGCGGUGUCAUCGGACGAUCGCCUCGCGCGCAUCACUCUCGCCGCCCGGGCCGUUAACAUGCACGACUUCAUCGCGUCUCUUCCGCAGGGGUACGAUACUGUCGUCGGCGACGGUGGCCUGACGCUCUCGGGCGGACAGGCGCAACGGCUGUGCAUCGCGCGCGCGCUCGUCCGUCGACCGCGGCUCCUCGUCAUGGACGAACCCACGAGCGCGCUCGACGCGAAGAACGCGGCCGCCGUCCGUCAGAUCAUCAGUGACCUCGUCCGGGGCGAGUCGAGCCUCUGCCACGACGUCGCCGCUCCGGCCAAGGGACGCGCCAUAGCCAGCGAAGGCGCUGGCAUGGCCAUCAUUGUGGUUCUCGAGGACGGCGUCAAGGUCGAGGAAGGACGGAGCGUCCAGGAGCUGGAGCAGGCGAGCGGGCCAUUCAGCCGGCUCGUGAGCGGGGGUGUGUGGAUGGAGAGCGACACCGGGAACAGAUAG